CCGAAAGUUUUUCCCCAAAACCGUGUUCCUCGUGAAACUGAAUCCUCCAGCUGUGGCGUCCCAGGCGCCCGCCCCGACCCGCCGCGGCGCCCGCCCCGAGGCGGCGCCCCUCGCCCGCCGCCACUCGCUGCGCCCCUGCCCGCGCCCCUGCCCGCGCCCUGGGCUGUCCGCGCGCCUUGGAUCCGCUCUUCCGGGCACCUUUGCCCCGACCCUUUGCCCUGAAGAUGAAGGUUUGGCUGCUGCUUGGUCUUCUGCUCGUGCACGAAGCGCUAGAGGAUGUGACCGGCCAGCACCCCCCCAAGAGCAAGAGUCCAAAGGAGCCAGGAGAAAACAGAAUCAAGCCCACCAACAAAAAGGUGAAGCCCAAAAUUCCUAAAAUGAAGGACAGGGACUCAGCCGAUUCACCGCUGAAGAUGCAGUCUAUCAUGGUACAGGUGAUGGAUAAAGGUCGCUUCCAGAAAGCGGCUGCUACCCUGAGCCUGACAGCUGGGCAGACCCUGGAGCUCCGAUGUAAGGGGAGUAAAAUCGGAUGGAGCUACCCUGCGUACCUGGACACCUUCAAGGACUCCCGCCUGAGCGUGAAGCAGAGCGAGCGCUACAGCCAACUGACCCUGCUCAACUCCACGGCGGCCGACACUGGCGAGUUCAGCUGCUGGGGGCAGCUCUGCACAGGCUACAUCUGCAGGAAGGACGAGACCAAGACUGGCUCCACCUACAUCUUUUUUACAGAGAAAGGAGAACUCUUUGUACCUUCUCCCAGUUACUUUGAUAUCGUCUACUUGAACCCGGACAGACAGGCUGUGGUUCCUUGUCGAGUGACUGUCCUGUCAGCCAAAGUCACUCUCCACAGGGAGUUCCCGGCCAAGGAAAUCCCGGCCAAUGGCACAGACAUUGUUUAUGACAUGAAGCGAGGCUUUGUGUAUCUGCAACCUCAUUUUGAUCACCAGGGAGUCGUCUACUGCAAGGCUGAGGCUGGGGGCAAGUCUCAAAUCUCCGUCAAGUACCAACUCCUUUACGCAGAAGUUCCCAGUGGCCCUCCAUCUACAACCAUUUUGGCGUCCUCAAACAAGGUCCAGAGUGGGGAUGACAUCAGCGUCCUCUGCACCGCCCUAGGGGAGCCUGACAUCGAGGUGGAAUUCAGGUGGAUCUACCCAGGGCAGAAGGAUGAAAGGCCCGUGACGAUUCGAGACACUUGGAGGCUGAUCCACAGAGGACUCGGACACACCACAAGAAUCUCCCAGAGCGUCAUGACUGUUGAAGACUUUGAGACCAUUGACGCAGGGUAUUAUAUUUGCACUGCCCAGAAUCUCCGGGGACAGACCACAGUAGCUACCACUGUUGAAUUCUCCUGACUGGGAAAAUGAAGGGUAACGAACUGAUGGAGAGCCCGUUUGUGUAUGCAAGCAGCUUGGGCAUUCUUUCGACCUGUGCUUUGCCAGAGGCUGAUGUCAGGUGCCAAACCCCAGCCCCUGCUCGUGAGAAAGACCCAGACGGCCAAGCUCACGGGAGGUCAUCCGGUCUAAUAAUAGAAGUGUUAACUCCUCUGACAGAAAGCAUGUCUUUUGACUGCUUACCUACAUGUAUGCGUUUCUAGUUUAUAUACUAAGAAAGCAUAUAUGUAAAUAACUUGAUAUAAUCGUUUCUAUUAAAUGAGCAAGUUUUUGUAAAAAAAAAUUAAAAACUGGGCUAAGUGCUCAUUAUUUUUAGGUUGGCAGAAGGAUUUGUUAGUAAUGUUUGAGUCAAUACCUAAUAUUGCAGUUGAUUUAACCACAAUUCAUGAGAAUCUAAAAAUGUAGUAAUAUAUAGUUCAACUCUAUGAACUAUGAUAUGGAGGUCUCCAAGAAAUGAUAGAAACUUGCUUUUUAUUUAAAGAAAACUGCUGCGCUCAGAAGUAUUAGUUUUAGAUGUGUACAUUCAGUAAGAUAUACAGCAUGUGGUUUUAGAAGUUUAAUUUUCACUAUAAAAUAGGUGUACAGAUCAGGGAAAGUUCCACCUCAUUUAGAUGGUUUUUUUUUUAGCUUCUUCAAAAAUAUUUAGACCAUAUUUGUCCCCAUUUUCUUACCUUAAAGAGUAGAAAUUGUUAAAACUAGUCAAAAGUUAUUUCUCCAAAAUAUAUAGCUUUUUAAAAAAAUGCUUAGCCUCAGUUUAGCUCUGCAAGCCAAAUUUCAGCCAUGGCCAACUUUGUGGAUGCACUGGAAAUGCCUGGGAAACAGCUUAGGAAAUACAACGUCAACUCCUGUGCCGUGAGAAGGGCUGGAACUGGAUAACAUGUUGGAGAGUGAAGUAUAUACCACAGGUUGCACUUCUUAUAUUAAAUAUCCCAGCAUUAUUUAUUUAAUCAAGGUAAAAAUACACUUUGCAUCAUUACAAACUGAGCAUAAUUACAGUUUUUUACACAUCUAUUUCAUGACGGGCCAACAUUUUGCGUCCUAUGUGAAACAUUUGGUUUGAGAAAAAAACCUUAAAGUUCUCUGUUUUGUUUCCUAUCUUCUCUCCGGUUGUCUCCCAUUCUCUGAAGGCAUUUUAUACGAACUGCGUAAGGUUGAUUUCCCCGGACACCUAAAUGGUAUGGAGGAGAGCAGAGAACAGCACAAGAUUUACCAAGCGAGGGAAUGGAUGGCAAAUCCAACUUUGGCUAAUGACAUUGAGAGCAACUUGAAAGGGCAAAGAGAUAUUUCGGAAGGUGGCAGUGAACCUAGUUCUCAUGUAUCAGAGUGGACGUGGAAGGUUACAUACAGAAUAAACUAUUGAAGUUUAGACUUCAGACACAAUCACUAAGAAUAAAAUAAAACAUGCAUCAUGAAUAUAAUCUGCUACGUAGUGUACAGGUAAAUGAUGACUCAAAUAUCCACCUUUAGUAUCCUGAGUCUGUUCUUACUCUAGCGGUUAUUUGCACAGCCACAGAACGUCAGCAAUGCGGAUUAGUAAAUUCUGACACCCCAAUGCUGACACAAGCAGGAGAGGGGGACAUGCCACAGUUCUUCCUCCCACCUCACUCAAAGUAUUGGAAUUGCGGGAGGGAAGAGGUGAAGUUUGGAAGAGCAAUGGAAAUGCAGGAUGGAGGACAGUUCUACAAUAUAAGCCAUGUUUUCUAUUCGUCAGUGGGCCAUUCCGCCUUCCCAAAGACAGAAGGUUUCCUCAAAGGGCACACAGAACCUUAGCAUCAUCUUCUACUAAAUGCUGCAUCACUGGUUUGAUCAAGGUACUCCUAUUCAUCAAGCACUGAAUCUACCUUCCUGAGUUCUGCUAGUCAAUGACUUGUUCUUUAUUCCUGCUAGGGUUUCCCAAAAUGUGCACCAUCAGAUCCAGGCUGUAAUUUCUUUGGAAAGUGGUUUCAGCACCAUGAGGAAGA